GACUGUGCCCGCGCGUCCCCGAGGCGUGCGCGGGCACGCGGUGCAUCCGGGUUCCCGGUCCGCCGUCUCUCCCUGUGUGUGUGGUGCGCGGCGGCGGGAAAUGGCGCCCGAAUGUUGGCGAGUGUAAACAGCGAGCGAUCGGCGGCCCAGCGACAGCGAGCGGCCCCCGUACCUCCUGGACAGACGGCCCUCGCCGGCAGCCCGGAUUUCUGGUGUUGUGAGGAAUAUAUUGAACGAUUAUGUCCUUGUUUCUGUGAAAAGUGCACUAUGGUCCAAUACACCGAAUAGCUGAGGAGUCCAACUCAAUCAGAUGUACAGGAAUUUGAAAUGUUGCUAAGACUUCGAGAAAUCUGCAAGUACUGAACACGCACACUGGACCUCCAUGAACUGAAUGUGUACACUUCUGUGUCAAGAGUCGACAGGUUCACUCAGUAUGCAGAAUCUGAGCCGAACAUGUAAGAACUUGGGGUGAAGAUCCAUACUUUGAGACACUGGGUUUCACACCACGUGACUUGACUUGUUUCUGUAUCGUGCUGUUCACCUAUUCAUUCCCGAUGCCAAAAUAAGCAGCACUCCUGUCCUGCACUAUUUUGUUACAUUUUGUUCAUGUGACACCUUUUAAGAAUGAGGCUGAGAAUGCGAAAGCCUUCUCAGCAAACCAACCCUGUCCAUGCAUCACGACCAGACAAGAAACGCAAGCGCUCAGAUGUAGAUGAUUCAAUACCUAUUAUGGGGGCAAAACCACAGAAAAAGGAAACUGGUUUGCUCUCAUCAAUUAAAAGACUUAUUCGAGGAACUGCUACAAAGGCAGAAGCAGAGAAUCCUCCGAAAAAAAAAUGUAGACUUGAUUGUGACCUAGAUGAUAAUAUGAUCACAUCAACACCUCAUACUGGCCCAAAACCCAACAAACCAAUCUCCAGAGUAAGGCGGAAAAGUCAGGUGAAUGGAGAGACGAUAGGCUACAGCAGUAAACAAAAUGGGAAACUACCGAUUGUUAAUGAUGUGGUCAGCCCUCCACGAACUGCCUUAUUGGGAACCAUCUUUUCUCCUGUUUUCAGUUUCUUCUCACCAGCAAACAAAAAUGGAACAUCAGGUUCUGACUCUCCAGGUCAGGCAGUAGAGGCUGAAGAAAUUGUUAAACAACUGGAAUUGGAACAGGUGGAUGAGAUCACAACAAGUACAGCAACGUCAGCCACUGGAGGACUGUAUUCUGGCCAGGCAGUGACAGCGCAAUCACAUUUGUCUCCUGACAGCAGUUCAGAUAAUAUAGAGGAUGAAGUCACCAAUGAACUUCAUCCCAUGCCAGCACCAGAAUUGAAUGUGUCAAAUGUGGAACUCUGCAAGACAAUAUCUUCUCCUGAUUCUUACCCAGAGCCACCUGCUCACCCGGAGGCAAGCUAUGAAGAGGACUGGGAAGUCUUUGAUCCGUAUUUCUUCAUCAAACAUGUACCACCACUAACAGAGGAACAACUAAGUCGGAAGCCAGCCCUGCCACUUAAAACUAGAAGUACACCUGAAUUCUCGUUGGUCCUAGACUUGGAUGAGACAUUAGUGCACUGCAGCCUCAAUGAACUGGAUGAUGCGGCACUGACCUUUCCUGUCCUUUUCCAAGAUGUAAUUUAUCAGGUUUACGUACGGUUGCGACCCUUCUUUCGGGAAUUCCUGGAACGAAUGUCUCAGAUUUAUGAGAUUAUUCUGUUCACUGCCUCCAAAAAAGUCUAUGCAGACAAAUUGCUGAAUAUUUUGGACCCUAAAAAGCAGCUAGUCAGGCACAGGCUGUUCCGUGAGCAUUGUGUGUGUGUGCAGGGAAACUACAUAAAGGAUUUGAAUAUUCUUGGAAGAGACCUUUCAAAAACAAUCAUUAUUGACAACUCUCCACAAGCUUUUGCAUACCAGCUGUCCAAUGGAAUUCCAAUUGAGAGCUGGUUCAUGGAUAAGAAUGACACAGAGCUUUUGAAAUUGAUCCCCUUUUUAGAGAAACUUGUAGAACUGAAUGAAGAUGUUCGACCUCAUAUCAGAGAGAAAUUUCGUCUGCACGAUUUACUCCCUCCAGAUUAAGAACAUAUUGUCAACAUCAUCAAUGAAGGGGGCUAAGAAGACAAAAGCAGGACCCUUUGAACUACAAGACAUUGCCAUUGCUGUUGAAAUUUGCAUUUUUGUACCUCGUCUUGCUUUUCUUGUCUUGGGCGCCCACAAUUAACUAAGGGGUUGCAGAGAGUGAACUCAGUCUUGAAGUUUUAGGUGGGUCUGAACAGGAGAGGAUAAUGCAGGGUUUUUUAAAAACAAAAAAGGAAACUGUAUAUGCAGUCAAAAAUCCAAAACGCAGAUUUAGAUAGCACAUAUAUAGUAUGCAGUAGCUGUUCACUUGUCCCAGUUGGUGUGCUCCUGAAGACUGCUGGAUAACAAGUAUGAAAUGCUGUGGUCUGUUGCAAUACAUGUUAAUGAGACUUUCUGACUGUAUCAGCUAUAAAUGGUUGGCGCUUUUCUUUGUGACACAAAAAUCAACACUUUGUAAAAGUACUUCUGUUUCUGCCACCAGCAUUUUGUUUAACCUGUAUUGUCACAGGUUUACAUAAGAGGAGAAAGUUGACUCUAUUUUCCCUCUGUGUGGUGCUUUUUAAAGUAGGUCUGCACCUGCUUUUUAAAAUGUAGAUCUCAUUUCAACAGGGAUGGCCAGUAUAUUAAAUACAAAAACAAAUUUAUGGUUCAGGUUUUAAGCUUUUAUGUUUUUCCUAGUAUAUAAAAUAAAUCUGAGUCAUAAAAGCAUUCCUUUUAACAAUAAUGUAUUGCAGAUCCUUUAUCACCGCCCUCUAAAACAAAAGAGAGAAUCUUUUCUAAAUUGAUCCAUCACCUUCCUACUUUGUCUGCCUGUGAAGUAAUGUAUAUUUGUUAAAAUAAAGAAUCUAUAGAUUAGUCAAAAUUAAAUUGGAGGCAUAACAUACAAGUUUAUUUAUAUUGAAGAACAGGAGCAUUCACCAACAGCAGCUAUAACCUUUUAAGGUGUGGGCACAAAGAACAGGAGAGACUGAUACUGAAGUACUAAGUAUAGAAAUCAAAUUUUAGUCUCUUUGAAAUUCAUAAACUGCACAAUCUCUGCCUGACUGUAACUUAUCCUUCAGUUUUUUGUGGAGCUGUUAGUGGAAUUAGGGGGUGAGAGGAUCUAAAUGGGGAAGAAAUUACAACUAAAUCAAAUAGGCUCAGGAUCCUCUCAAUCUCUGGUCUACUGUCACAAUUCAACAUCUGAACCACUUUUCAAAAUGCUUCAAAGAAGCAUGUUGGUAGCAAGAUCAGUGGUGGCAGGCACAUCGGGAGCAUAACAAUGUGUUAACCAAACAUGUGGGUCUGUUGUGGCUGUUGUUCCUUCUCCCUGUUUCUCCAAAUCCCCCCUCCCCAACUUUGUCCAACAACGUACAAUCCAAAAAAGAGGGUACUGGUUGUGGGUCGUAGGUGUCUGGCCCCUGUAAAAAUGUUUUGCCCUAUUUGCUGGUCCAUUUGCUGGCUUACUUUUUCCACAGAAUCGUUUUCUCGCAGGAACAUAGCAUGAAUUGCCUCUAGACUGCAUCGAUAUGCCACAAGCAUCACCAUGGAUGAUUCAUUUCCUUACAGGAGUUGGAGAAAGCGGCACUUUUUUGUGGAGAGAAGCUAGAUGCAUUUUCUUUGGUUUAAAAUUCUAGAAGAUUGUUCAGGACGAGGUAUGUGGUCGCAAAGAAAAGGUGAGCAGCACAUGAAUGAGGAGGAUGCCAGUUAAAUCUUUUUAUGUAUAUUACCAGUUUACCUGUACAAAACCUUCUUGUACAAAACUACAUGCAGCUUCAUUUAAAAAUAUCCUUAAAAUAAGGAAAAAUCUUUUUAAAGAAAGCGGUUUAAUUUUUGUAUUUUUGAUUUUACAAAAGGCAUGAGUUAUGUCUACUUUUUCAGUGUAUUAAUGAAGAUUUUAACUUUUCAUCAGGUUGAGCGUUUUUCUUACUAUUAUCUAUUGUGUAUGUAGUUAGCACAUUGUGACACUGAAAUGUUAAAAUCUAGCAUGUAGAACUAAGCCUGUUUUUGUCGGGAGGAAGAAAACCCUUUUAUCCUUCAUUAAAAUAUUUUAAUCAUGGCAGGUUUUUCUGCAGAAAAUAAUUUGAAAAGCGUUUGCAUUUCAGAGAAAUACUGAUUUUGUAUUUAAAGAAAGGUAUUUUGCUUGCAGGAAUCUAUUUACUACAGAUUCACUUUAAUGAUAACCUUUGAGAUGUAUUUAAAUACCUUUAGGGCAUCUGGGCAUCUUUCUUUAUGCUGUUUGUCAUUUUGUCUUUAUUGAAAUAAAAAUGUACAGAACAUUACUUUUACAAAUGUUA